UUUUACCACCUGUUCCGUAGGAGAAAAUUAGUAUCUAUCUAUCUAUCUAUCUAUCAACCUGCAAAGAAACGAGAAUGGAGACUUCACUCCGAUACGGCGGAGAUUCCAGCGCCCUUCGAAUCAAUACGAUCAAGAAGCCUCCAACUGUGAGGUACGCCGGAGAUACCAGCAGCGCCCUCAGAGUCCAUGCUAAGCAGAAGUUUCGCAUCGAUUCCAACAUUCUACUUCAGCUUAAUGGAGAACUUGAUACAAGGAUCGGGGCUCCAACUUUUUUCAGUGCACUCCUGAGAUUCUUCUCUCCUGAACUGUCAGCAAAGAUUGGAGCAGGACUACGAUAUGAUAGACGUGAAAAACUUCAUUAUACCAUGCAUGGGAAAAAGUCAUUUCAACUUACUCCUGAUCCAGUUGCUAGCUUUGUUGUUAAGGGCCGUUGUGAUCUUGACAAAGAAUUUAAAAAGCCAACACCAAGUGGUGCCGCUGAAUUGGUUUGGAACGUACUUGAUUUUCAGAACGAUCAAGAUGUAAGGCUUAAAGUUGGCUAUGAAAUCUUUGACAAGAUUCCAUACGUACAAGUCAGGGAAAACAAUUGGGCAUUUACUGCUGAUGCUAGUGGCAAAUGGAAUGUGAAAUAUAACCUAUGAUUCAAAAACCUUGGUAUCCUGUCUUUAUUCUUUUGUUCAUAUUUAUACAAUGUCACAACCAUGCUCUUAGUUUUCAAGUAAGCAGUUUGGAACAAAGGGUGUUUGGGAUUCGGCGGAAAAUCAUAAAAGUAAACAUUUUUGGUUA